GGGAGGAUUCGCUACAGUGUUCAAAGUGACAGUCGAUGCAUCACACCACAGGAUUGCAGGGGCCCAUGGUCAAUUGGACUUGGUCUGCAAGCAGUUAACAAUGGGGAUAACGAAUCAUCGAAGAAAGAAGACUUCGAACGUGAGGUGGAGGUUUUGUCAUCUCUUCGAUGCUUGAACCACCCAAAUAUCAUACGACUCAUCACGGCGUACACCAUCGGAGACGAAUACAACUUCCUCUUUCCUGUUGCUGAUGGUGAUCUUUCCAUGUUGUUAUUAUCUCCGAACACAGGAACUUGUUUUUCUGCAAGCGACGAUGUUCUAGCCUCGCUGUGGAGACUGUCGUCGGCCAUUGAAGCAGUCCAUAAUUUUUUGCCAGAUGAGUACAAAGUGCGAAAGAUUGGCUGUCGCUAUGAUAUCAAGCCGAAGAACAUUCUCUGUAUGAACGGUAAACUUGUUCUUUCCGAUUUUGGUCUUUCUCGGCUACGACCAGAAGAAGAGAGCUCUCGUUCAUUGUUUCCGAGAGGAGAAGGCUCUUAUAUUGCUCCUGAAUGUGAGCCGUCUGACAAAGAUUUCAAGCCGGCACGAGUCGGUAGAGCUAGUGACAUCUGGUCCUUCGGUUGCGUUCUUUCUGAAGUCUUGGCAUAUCUCAGUGCUGCACCUGGAGACGGACCUGACGCCGUCGUUAAAUUCAGAGAAGCAAGGAAACACAAUCUAGGCCCCUUGAUCAGUCGUCAUUUCCAUACCGUCGAUGGUAUCGCUCCAGCCGUCAUAGAUCUCUUGAGCAAGUAUACCGCAGACCCUUCAUCGACAGCGGUGUUCAAGUCUUUGGCGCUUCUAAUUGAGGAGAUUCUUCAAUUUGAUCCCGAGAAUCGGCCAAGUGCUUCCACAAUAACCCGUCGACUAUACCAACUCUCUCAGCGAGACGUCUUCGACAAAAUAUGUGUGAAUUUCGAGUCCUGCCUUGCCCCUUUAGAUCUCGAUUUGCAGAUCGAGUUCCGGCGUCUUAAAAUUUGGGGCGAAAUUGUUGGAUUAGCAUCAGAGGGGCGCGAUAUACAACCUCCGGCUUGGCUCACUCAUUGCCAUUCUCACCGAGAAUAUGAAGACACACAGGAGAUUUUGCGGCGAUGCCUUGUAGAGACCCAGAAUAUCAGGAUGCAAAUGGACAAGAAUAGAAACCCACCAUACAAGCUAGCCUACCAUCUGCAAAGUAUCUUGGAUAGUUUAUGGGACAUGCAGCCCGACCACGCGAAACGAAGCAUGGCGAGCGCUCUAGAAGAAUCAAUUCUUGGUUCCCAAGAUAUCACAGACCUACUAGGGCUACAGGAACACAAUGAUAUGACUUCUCAUACCGUUGCAGGCCACUCGAAUCAAAGACUUGACAAUUACCGUCGGGUUGCAUAUCUAGCGACUAUGAAAGAAGUCGCAGUUGCAGUCACAAACCAAUCCUCUUCUAACCAGGACCUUUCUGUGGAUAGGUCAUCGCUUGGGCCGCCCACCACCAAAGUUAACGAGAAAGCCAGACUCUAG